CUUUCGGCCACUCAUGACAGCAACGAGAGCUGCCCCUUUCAUCCAUCUACGUGGCGGUGGGACCCACUCUAACCACGACCAUCUGACAUCGUGGGUCCCACUGUAAGGCGGGAACCUCAUAUUUUUUGGCUGUAAGUAACGGAUUCGGUCAUGCUUUUUGUGAGGAGGGAUAGAGAGAGAGAGACUGUGUCACAGUCUCACAGAUACUGUGUCUUGAAAAGAGAGUUCUAGAGAGAGUGUGUUAUGUUUGGUUACUGGGAUUAUUUGAGCUGAAACAGUUUGGAUAGUUUCGUUUGUUUUGUUUCAUCUUUCAACCACAGAUAUAGUAAAAUUGUGAAAAACCCCUCAUUGAAGUUUGUUCUCUGCUCUCUUUUUUUGGGGUUCCUCACUGAGUUUUGGGGUUUAUUUUGAGACAUACAAUACAAAAGUUUGAUACUUUCGUGUCCCCCCCUUAUCAAGAAAAUUGGGUUUUUUUUUUUUUUAAUUAAGCUUUCUUUAAAUUUUCGAUUUUUAGAUAAGAAGAAUCUUUGAGCCAAUGAUAUUCUAAUUCGUCUUCUUUGUGAAGAUUUACAGUUGAAUUCCAUUUUUCCUUUUUGUCUUGGUGGUUUGUCAUUGGUUUUCUCGAGAAUAUAUGUGGUUUUGGGAGAAGAGGAUAUAAAAGAGCUUCACUGUAGCAUUAAAAAGUCUUAAACUUUUCUGUGUUUUUAUUUUUAUGUAAGCUUUGAGCAGCUUCACCUUUCUGGGUUUUCUCAGAUUUGGGUCGAAUCUUGAAAAAAAAAAACAAAUGCUUUUGUUCGUAGAAGCAGCAAUGGAGCAAAGAAGAAGAAGAAGAAGAAAUGGAUGUAGUAGCAACACUAUCUCUCUGCUCUUAUUCUUCUUUUUAGUCUUCUUUUCAAGAACAAGCACAAGUACAAGUUGUCGUCGAAGAACUGUGAAACACUUGUCCACAACUUCAACAUCAUCUACACCACUCGAAUCAAGAAUCACUUCCAAGGUUAUUGUUGUCAGCAUCGUUUCAGGGAUUUUAACCGGGUUGGUUUCGGCUUUGGUGUUAGCUUUCUUGGUUCGUAGCAUUGUCAAAUACAUGAAACAGACGCCAAUUCUCAAAGGUCCUGUGGUGUUUUCUCCUAAGAUUACUCCUAAAUCUCUUCACGCAGCUCUCGGUAAUGGUAUUCAGUUGCUUGGCUCAGACCCUAAUGGUAAAUACUAUAAGAUGGUACUUGAUAAUGGUCUAGUGGUUGCAGUCAAGAGACUAGGCUCACUUGAAGGAAUUGGUUCACCAGAAACUAAUAGUAGCAAGUCGGUUAAGAGAAGGUUGCAGAAGGAACUUGAGCUUCUUGCUGGGUUAAGGCAUAGGAACCUUAUGAGUUUACGAGCUUAUGUUCGCGAAUCCGAUGAGUUCUCUCUCGUCUAUGAUUAUAUGCCAAAUGGUAGCCUUGAGGAUGUGAUGCAUAAGGUUAGAACGAAAGAAGUAGAGCUUGGAUGGGAGAUUAGGCUUAGAGUUGCAGUUGGAAUUGUGAAAGGGCUUCAGUAUCUUCAUUUCAGUUGUGAGACACAGAUUCUUCAUUAUAACUUAAAACCUACAAAUGUGAUGUUGGAUUCUGAGUUUGAGCCUCGGCUUGCUGAUUGCGGAUUGGCCAAGAUCAUGCCUAGCUCACACACAGCGGUAUUUUGCUACUCUGCUCCUGAGUCUUCUCAAAGUAACAGAUAUACAGACAAAAGCGACAUAUUCAGCUUCGGGAUGAUAUUGGGUGUUCUUUUAACCGGAAGAGACCCGACCCACCCGUUCUGUGAAGAGUCUGCAAGCGGUGGCAGCUUAGGACAAUGGCUGAAACAUUUACAACAAUCCGGGGAAGCACGAGAAGCAUUAGAUAAGACUAUUCUAGGAGAGGAAGUGGAGGAAGACGAGAUGUUAAUGGCUUUAAGAAUCACCAUUAUCUGCCUUUCUGACUUUCCGGCAGACCGGCCUUCAAGUGAUGAGCUUGUCCACAUGCUUACACAACUGCACAGCUUUUAGCCCGAUGUACUUGUAUCAAAACUUGAAUGUAAAAACAAUUCAAACAUCUGCAGUUACAUCAAUAUAUUCCUUUUUCUUUAUC